UUUUGAUAAUUUAAUAAUUUUCGAUACAAAAUAGACCACUUUGUGAGCCUAUAUUCAAUUGAAACUGGCAUCAUUAAAACUUGAGCAAUCGAAUUGGAAAGUCUCUACUCUGUAGACGUCAUGGAUUAUCGAACGAAGUUUUCAUUUUUCGUUCUCUUCAUAUUAAAAGAAAUCCUUUCAACGCAGUCAACCAACCCUUCCACCGAAUACGACAUUACAUCAUCGUUACCUGAUUGGAUCGCCAAGAUACUCGAAACCGACCAAGCUUUAAAUGUCAAUGAUGCAGUAAAAGCAGCAUUCGCCUCAGCCGAACACCACCGAGUACAAGUAUUAGAAUACAAUAUAACUCAUGCAGUGGAACCUUUCCAAUCAAAGGUCGUUUUUUACGACACCAACUUUUACACUCACCCGGUAGAUGCAGCGGAAACCUUGCCAUUCACACUACACUCCUGGAAAUCAUCCGGCAAUACAAUCUGUUUAUCGACGCCAAAAUUUAGAAUCACUUUAGAAGGAGAAAUUCGAGCCGAACGAGAUCAGUUUUACGCUAGUUACUUUACCACGUUACAUUUCGAGAAAUUCGUGCUGAACGCGAUUCGAGUAACAAACGAUCCCAAUGACGUACAAUUUUCCUACAUGUUGUCAUUCGAAAACUACUACGUGUAUCAUCACGGAUCCUCCGUAGACAUCAAAUGGCCUCAAGGUGAUCUAACAGAAGACCAGAAAACCGAAUUAAACAACGCGAUAAAACCCAUGAUGCCACUUUUACUAGGCGAACACAUGAUUCGUAAUCCAAGAUUUUCCGAAACCUUUGACCGCAUUUCCAAAACAUUCAACCAACCCUCCGAAAUCAUCUCAGCUCAUCCGAAUUUCCUCAACCAUCGCGAACAGUAUUACUAUCUAGUACCGGAAAUACCCUUUUACGGGUUUACUUUGAACAAUGUCGUCAUCCAAGGUGUGCUGAAUAUCGACUCGUUCGAUAUGAAUAAGGAAUCUCCCAUCUUUACACACACGUUGCUGAUGAAGAAUAUCCAAGGAAGUAUGACUUUGAAUUACGGUUCUGAACACCGGGCGCCUUUGGGAUUGAAGUACGCGAUCGAUUAUUUGUCGAUUUCGACCAAAGAAGGAACCGAUAUUGUACACGUGGAGGCGAAAAGUUACAGCGUUAAUCGAACAUCUGGGGCUGCGUUGAGUUAUCGUCAAUCGGCCAAUAUCAUCCAGAAAAUUGAAUCGGCUGUGGUAGCUUCGCUUUUGCCCGCGAAACGAGCUUGGAAAACGUACGAUAUGGAACCUGAAAUCGGCCAAAUUCAAGUCACCAAUGCAUCCGACUGGAAACAGAUUGAAAAAACGUACAGCAAUUGGAUUCCAUUCAACAACGAAGUCCAUAAUAUCGUUCCGAUGGGAGUGAGACCAUGGUUUGUGCAGAGAAUUUUCUACGCAGCAGGAGGACGUUUUAUGAUGGGUCGUUGAAAACAUUUAUUUUGUAUAAUUUAAUUUUGUAGCAUAAUAAAUAAGUAUGUGUUUAGAUGUAGUACUAUAGCUUUUAAGUUAUCUACCAUGUACCUAAGUAUAAAUACCUAAUCAUAAAAUGAUAUAAGUUGACCUGGGUAUAGUACAAAUACUAAUUUUAAAAUUAGUUCGAUUGAAUAAAAUUUAAAUUUUGCAACAAGA